AUAUCCCUAUUUUAGAAACAUCCAAGUAUUCUUCUUGUCUAUAUGGAAAACAGAAUCAAAGAACUGCCCCAGCCAUUUAGAAAUCUUUAGUAAUCCUGAUGGGUAGUCAAAGACCUGGAAGUGUGUGUGUGUGUGACUGUGUGUGUGACUGUGUGAGCAAUAUUUUACUUUCAGUUGAUUUUCACUCAUAGAUCCAAUCCUUAUGUAGUAUAUGAACUGUGAAAUGAGGGGCUAAAACUGGAGCAACUUCCUGGAUUACAUUUUAUCUCUUCUGAUGUCUUCGGUGCCGAAAGAGUAAUUCAAGAGCAAUUUCCCACUAAAUUGCUAAGGCUUCAUGCAUAUAUUUAAGAAACAUAUAUACUGAGCAACACAUAGAGAGAAUAGAUGCUCCCCCUUUUCAAUACACAUAACCCCUCCUCCUUCCACAUAAAUCCUCUGUUCAUAAAACAUUUGGACUUUCCUUACACACUGCAUGGUGCAUAGCUCGUCUGCCUGUCAAUGUAAAGAGAAGAUUUGCACACAUCCCAGCUGAAUCCAGCAACAGCAGACACAUGCCUCUGGGCAACUGCAGGCUCUGAGUGUUUCCUCUCUCUUCUGGAAUUGCUGCAUGUUUCUUGCCAUCAGGAAAUCCUGAUGGCAAGAAGAUAGUUGCAGAACUUUUGCUUGGUACUGGGUUGCAACCUUCCCCCAGUCUCCCUCUCUCUUCUGUGUUCUUUCAUUAACUCUGAAUGGAGAUGCUUCAGGAAAGUCUGAAAGGCUGAAUUCAAACCCAGAGCACAGCCAAGUAUGUCUGCAGCUGAGGUAGAGGAUGGUCUCCUCGCAUAUAGGAACUGUUCAUUGAAUAUGGAACUGAAUGGAACUCGGGAACCUUUUGGGAAGCCCACGGCUGACUAUGACGAGGAGGAAUUCUUGCGGUACCUCUGGAGGGAAUACUUGCAUCCCAAGGAAUAUGAAUGGGUUCUCAUUGCUGGAUAUAUUAUUGUAUUUCUUGUGGCUCUCAUAGGCAACAUCCUCGUUUGUGUUGCAGUUUGGAAAAACCAUCACAUGAGAACAGUUACCAAUUACUUCAUAGUAAACCUCUCCCUGGCUGAUGUCCUUGUCACCAUCACUUGUCUUCCAGCAACUUUAGUGGUGGAUAUCACAGAGACCUGGUUCCUUGGUGACAGCCUUUGCAAGGGGAUCCCUUAUUUGCAGACUGUGUCGGUCUCUGUUUCUGUAUUAACUCUCAGCUGUAUUGCAUUGGAUCGGUGGUAUGCAAUUUGUCAUCCUUUGAUGUUCAAAAGCACAGCCAAACGGGCUAGGAACAGCAUUAUCAUUAUCUGGAUUGUGUCCUGCAUAAUAAUGAUUCCUCAGGCCAUUGUCAUGGAGUGCAGCAGUAUGUUUCCGGCAUUAGCUAACAAGACCAUCUUAUUUACUGUCUGCGAUGAGCACUGGGGAGCUGAAAUCUACCCCAAACUGUAUCACACUUGUUUUUUCUUGAUCACGUACAUGGCUCCCCUGUGUCUUAUGGUGCUGGCCUAUUUACAAAUAUUUCAAAAGCUGUGGUGCCGACAGAUUCCAGGAACUUCAUCUGUGGUUCAGAGAAAGUGGAAACCACUGCAACCAGGAGUGCAGACCCGAGGGUUGAGGCCAUCAGCAAGUUUAAGGAUUAGUGCUGUGACAGCUGAAAUCAAACAGAUUCGAACCAGAAGGAAAACAGCACGUAUGCUCAUGGUCGUUCUCUUGGUUUUUGCUCUCUGUUAUCUCCCAAUUAGCAUUCUCAACAUAUUGAAAAGGGUGUUUGGGAUGUUCAACCAUGCCAGUGACAGAGAAACUGUAUAUGCCUGGUUUACCUUCUCCCACUGGCUUGUGUAUGCAAACAGUGCUGCAAAUCCAAUUAUUUAUAACUUUCUCAGUGGAAAGUUCCGGGAAGAAUUCAAAGCAGCCUUUUCUUUCUGCUGCUUUGAUGUCCGCCGCCACCACCAUUAUCACCACGAUGAGCGAGUCAGAGGGCGGAUAAGCACCGAAAGCCGAAAAUCCUUGACCACUCAGAUCAGCCAUUUCGACCAUGCAACAAAGAUCUCAGAGCACGUUGCACUGAGCAAUAUAAAUACGCUACCUCCGGAUGGCACUGCACCUAUUCACCUCUGGUAGUUCUACUUCCUUUUGGGUUGAUCAACACCUUUGCCAACUGAAUCUGUGCAUCCCAUUUGAACCAAUUCACUGCAGACUGAAAUGAAAUGCCAGACUGUGAACUGAUUGAAAACCACAUGAAAAUACCAGCUUUGUUUUCUAAAAGAAACCACAGCUUUGUUUAAAAGAGGGUGUGGUUUUCAUGUCUUUUGCUUUUCAACUGUAAGAAAACAUUAUUUGGAUAAGUUAUUAAAUUAUUAUUUUUAAUAUCA